GGAAGCUUCCAAUUCGUUGUUCCAGGACUUCCGCUCCUCUGUUGACACUUGUACUGCAUUGCUUUACACCGCUGUUCGCACCAUUUAAUACUGCGAUUUGCGAGUACUGUAUUAAAAUAUAUAUAUUCCAGGAUUCGUAUUUAAAAUUCCGGGCUCUUAUAUGUGGAUUAGAUUUUUUAUUUACUAUGCGGACGCAGUCAAAUAAUUCUCGGAUCCGUUUCAGUACCAGGCGAAAGAACGUCGUGUCUGUUGAAUAUUCAUUCAUUAUAUUAUUAAUGUGCAUUUUGAUAUGACCCGAACUACGUGAUGUUGGCACUGCCUGCUGAAUAGUGGUUUCUCCAGAUAAUGGUCUAAACUCUGGUACGGUGAAUUAUGUAAUCCGUUUCAGUGCAUGAAUGCAUUAAACGACGACGCACUCGUUGUAAAUUGUACUGUGGUGUGGGAUACGGGAACCUGCAAUUAUCCGAGAUUCCAAGCCGUGGUUCUGUGAUCGGAAACGGAAUGGAUAAAGACAUUCCACCCAUGCUGUCAGCGAGUCCCCCACCCAUGGAACGGGGGUUCGCGGAAAUGGAUGACGAUGAAGAGACUCCGACUGGCUUCUCUUUUGGCCGGUUAGACGCUGAGGACGAGGCCGAGAUGGUGGCAAGUAGUCGAACUGAUCGCAAGAAGGACUCAUUAAAACGAAAGGAAGUGCUAUCGCGGCAGGCGAAGGAGAAUACAGUCGCUGGCACUGAUACGAUCGAAACUAAUCCUGCUGCACUCGCCAACAUAUUGGCUGAUCCCAGCGCAAAAGCAACAGACGUUUCUCACAAUGUAGGCGAAUCGGCAUAUCCGAUUGAAUCUUGGGAUGAACUGAAACGAGAUCCGGAAGAAUGCAAAACAGAGCUGGAGCAACUGCCGACAGUGCAGAAUAAGACAGCUGAUGAGCCCGAGACACAAAUGUAUGCAGAAAAAAUUACGAAUAAUUCGUUAUCGGAAUCUAUGAACGAUCCUGGGUCGAGUAAUAUUGCGGAGUUUGAUUAUGCGGAUGAUUCUGAGGCAAUGGAAUUUUGUUGGGGCCAUGCUGAACAAAAUGAACAUGCAAAUUCCCCUGACAAUUCCGAAAGUGUUACCAUCAUUUCUGCCAAUCAAGAACGAAUGGAUCAAGAUGCUGCACAAAUAACGAACGAGUGGAUAACACUAACAGUCGAUGCGGCCGCUCUUGUCGAUUCAGACUUGCCUGGUACCGAUGUGUUGCCGACAGCUUCCGGUUCCGCAGUUGAUCUUGCUCCCGAACUAAUAGAUGCUCAGACCGCACCAGUCCAGAAUAUUGUGGAUUCAGUUUCUUCGGUAGCGGAUGAUAGCGCGGACCAUGCUAAUCCGGAAAAUGGCAGCGUUACUAAAGUUGAAAAUGACGAUACUGUAGACGAUGAUUGGGCUGAGUUUACGGAAUUUCCUCCUACAGAACUUGAAAAUCAACCGGACGAUGGCACGGAUGAUUUCGAUGACUUCCAGUCCGUAUCGGUGGCCGAAAAACCGAUCGAAACUGUUUCUGAUGAGAUUGCCGUAACCUUCGAUGCUGUGCUUCAAAAGUCGUUUCCGGAAAAAUUAUUGCCCGACGAUAAUUCUGUGACAGGAGAAAAUGGAAUCCUCAGUACAUCUGUAGCAUCCGGAAUUGCUGCAGACGUAUGGGCAUCCUUGGAGAAUCUUAACGAAACCAGUGCCUUGAAAUUUCAAUGGUUAUCGUCAGUUUCACGGCAGAAAAUGCUCAGUGCAUUGAAUCUAAACCCUAACAGCGUGUUUGCAAUGCAAAAGAAGGAACCGGUUGCUUUACACAGCAGCAGAUACGGCGAAACUAUUCUUACGCCUGUAAAAGUGGAGACAAACGCUGUGCAGAAGGAUCAAACGAGUGAUAUAGCGAUGCGUACUGUGAUUGAUACACAGCUAUUGUCUGAUUUGGCAACCUUUGAUGCCCCUACGACACAUUAUCGGACGCCCAGUACAGUUCCGUCACCGAAUACACAAAAUUCUAAAGAUGCUGUAGCCUCUCUAUCCAGUUCACAGUUUGUUGCUCGGCCCAGCACUGAUACUGCUUUAAAGCCGGUGAAAAUGACAAACGGUGUAAUAAAACCUCUGCCUGGAAAAUCUCCGGAAGAAGAAGCCCAGGAAAUUGUCAAGCGUUUUAGAAAUUUGGAUUUUAUGCAGUCGGCGACGCUCAUUAAUUCGCCUAUCAAACCGUCCACAUUCCAGAAAUUCUAGUGAUCAAAGUUUUUACAUUUGUAAACGAACUGUUUGCGUCUUUCACGCGGUGAUGUGUAACUGCAACAAGCCCGUUUAAGUUGAUCUGAAUACUUAUGUGGCAACUAAAGUUUAUACGAGUAUGCAUGUUUAUUGUAUGCUGAUUGUUAUCUUGUUUGUUUACGGUCAGUACGAUUGUUGUGGAAAGUUUGGUGUGUUAAUACCGUUUCGAUAAUUCGUGUCAGCAAUUACAGUUCAUGGGUGA